GCUGCCCGGUGCUGCCGCCAGAGGAGCCGGGGGGCUUCGCGAAGCUGGGGGCCCGGAAUUUCUGGAGGGAGCUGGACGGGAUGACCGCCGCGAUGAAGGCGAGCUGGCUGGCUGGCCUCGGCAGCUGGCUGGAGCGCGCGUUGGGCCGCCACGCGGUGCAGCCGUGCGUGCGGUGCACGCCGCCUUUUGUGGAGCGGCUGACGUUGGACGUGGGACAGGUGCUCCGAUUUCUCGAGUUCUGCAUGCUGCUCUCUGUGCGGCACGACCCCCAGAUCCCGCGGAACGUACGGGCGGGCUCCUCUCCCCUGCGGAGCGCGCGCGCGGCUCUGCCACAGGCCCUGCUGUCCAAGCUGGGCCAGAGCGUCGCCAUCCUCCUCUUCGCGAGCCUCACGAACUUCGGCAAGGACGUGGGCGACGACCUGGGGAUCCGCCUCACUGGGCUCGUGGGCAUGGCGUUCGCCAUCGCGUCGCUCGUCAUCUUCACCAGGUACCAGGAGCACAGCGUGGUGACUGGAGCCGGCGACCCCUCGUCGCCCGGCGCGUCGCUGCAUUGGGUCGCCGCCCCCGCCGCCGCACAGGAGUUGGCCGCGGACCCCCCGGCCCGGAGAGGAGAGUCGCAGCCAACAGCGAAGGUCGUGGAUGUUGUGGCCACGAAUGCCGAAGCGCUGCCGUCUGGACGGUCGCACGGUUCCGUGACAAUGUCGUGCCCUUUGAGCCGGGCUCGGCGCGUUCUCUCCUCCAUCCAGGAGCGCCUCCUCGCGCUCCACCAGAGACUCCUGCCGCUGCUCUGGAAGCCUGCGGACUUCACGGUCGCCUGGACCGUGAGCCACACGGUGGACGCCUGCUGCGAGCAGCGCAGGUGGGAGACGCGCAAGGAGGGCAAGCGCAAGCGCGACAAGGGCGUCCAGCGCGCCCACGUCGCGCAGCAGAGGCGGAAGGCUGGGGGUGGUCGCCGCGUGGGCCGUCGCCGCGGGGGCCGUCUCCGGCGCCUGCGCAGCUCCCGGUGCCCGCGGACGAUGCCGGGGGCUCCGCGCCGGAGGACACCCGCAUCUUCUGCGACCCGGAGGUCGCCGAGCCGGAUUUCCAGCUCAGCGGCUGCGGCUCCUGCCGCAGCAGCCUCAGCUGCGGCAUCGCGGGCAUGCCGUGGGGGCAGUGGUCACCCAGCAGCAG